AAAAGACAAUAACAAUAGCUACUAGCACGGGAAAUGAUUACAUGACAAUUGUCCCAUUUAUAGAUGAGAUGUGGACGUUUAAUAGUAAUGAAACAAGAUUAAAUAGUUUAUACCAACAACAACAACAAAAGUAGAUGCAAUUGAAUCGACAAAAAAAUAUAUUUUAUCUUCCUUGGCAACCAGAGGGUUGCGGAAAGUCCUCCAAUAUCCCAGAAUCCUCUUUGUUGCCAAUGGCGCUGGGCCUUCUGAUUCAAAACAGUCUGCUACCUCGCCGACAUUCUACCAUAUAUGUUUACAAUUUCUACUAUCAUUUAGGUCUGAAUUAUUCUUAGUGUUGUCAGAUAGCUAGCUGAUGAGCUAGACUAACGGAUUCGGCGGUGUGAUGUUUUGACUGUGAACCGGAGAACUCUGCAGGGAUUCGAGUUGUCAGGCAGGAAGAGAGACGCUCAUGAGCUAGCUACUCGGUUAGCCUGUCAGUUGACGAGCUAUCUAACGUUAACUAUAAUCAACAUCAAAGUUGUAUUUUUUUAUUUAUUAUUAUUAUUAGUGCCAGCUAACUCGCUAGUGAUGCAGCUAACCCGGGAAUGGAUGGUUAGCUAGCGUUCAAAUUCGGCUACUGGAGACGACGUGUGGACAGACACGGAAGCAGCACGUUACCCAGCUGUAAAGUGUAUUUGCUACAUCUUGUGGAUAAAGCCACACGUUUCACUCUACAUAUGAAUCCUAACAGGUGCAGUGUCCGCUGUGUAAGCAGCCGUUCUCCUCCAGCCUUACUCUCAAACCUCCUGUACCUGGAGAAAACAGGACCGCAGCUGCCAUGGUGACCAGCAGAGCAGGUGGUAACCAUGGAGACCACCAGAGCAGGUGGUAACCAUGGAGACCACCAGAGCAGGUGGUAACCAUGGAGAGCGAAAGAGGAGGGGGAGGGAGAGGAGACGGUCAGGACGAAGGUGGAAAGGGUGGGGAACUCCUCUUCUACCCCGGCCAGAGGAUGGAGGGAUCGAUGGACAGAUGAGAGUGGGAGCUGGCAGUGUUCCACAGCUCAUUGGUCAACAUCGUCCCGCGUGUCAUCACCUCGCCAAUCACACGCCGUGAUAGGGAGGGAGGGGGCGGGGUCAUCCAGGAUGAACUCCCCUUUCCAGCUGGCACGGAUGGACCCUUUCCUCCACGAGCUGUUCCACCCGCUCUCCAAGGAAGCCUUUGACCAGCUGGCCAUCUACGACCCUCCGGCGCCGACCUACGAGGACGGUAUGACAUCAUCAACCAGUGACACUGACCUCUCUGUCACCUCCAUCUCAGAGGAAGAGGAGGGUGGGUCGGAGGGACGGAAAGAGAGAGACGGCAGCAAGAAGUAGUGCAUUGUCGGUAACAGGAAGUAGGAGUGGAAGAGAGGAGCCGGGAGGGGAGGAAGAGAGGAGCCGGGAGGGGAGGAAGAGAGGAAGGGAGGAGUGAGGGAGAACAUGGCUAAGACCAUAGUACUCCACAUACACUGGGGGUAGAGGAUAAUCAAUAGUGUUGGACACUGGGUAAUCUGACUAACACACCUGUUUGACCUGGCUGUGAUACUGUAGGAUGACCUCAUGGCACUUUACUGAGUCAAUUCUGGAAGCAUUCGAUGUCCUGUAUUUGUGUUCACCAUGGCAACCAGCAGUGUAAAUAAAGAGAUGUACAGAAAGAG